CCUACAUCAGGUGCUGCUAAUGCUUUUUUGAUAAUGUCGGUAGUUUUGAUUGGAAUCAGUAUUGUUUUACAAUUAUUCAGUGCACCGUCUUAUGACUUACAAAAAGUUUCUGCAGCUGUUGCCUUGUUUAUCUCAAACGUUAUCAGUAAUGUCACGGUGGUCAAAAUGGUUCAUUCUUUUCAAAAUCAUUACGGUAGAAAUGGUAUUUCAGCUCAAGUUGGUAAAAGAUACUUUGCACUUGUCUGGACUGCAUUUGCAUUACUAGUCUUCUCUGCUUUGUUUGAAUAUUCAUGUCGUCAAUUCUACAAGUACAGAGAGAGAAGAAACAACAAAGGAAAUGCAAGAAAUAAUAUUGGUGAACGCGUUGUUGACCAAGAAAAGGGUUUCAAUAGUGAGCAGACUUCUAAUGCUGGCACAUUAAUGCAGCCUUCUCCACUGGGGAGAACCAAAAUUAGUCAAAAUCAUUGAUUAUUUAUAUUGUUUUGCACUUCAUCUUUUUAUGAUUUUUCACAAUCAUAAUAAAGACAAUGUACUUCUGCCAAAUGAUAAGUGUAGAUACGUUCACCCGAACACCACAUCACGUGUACAGACUUCAAGAUCACCGUAACUAUGGUGAUCGCGUUUUUUUGGUUUGUUUUGAUUUCGAUUUCAA